ACCGCCACGGCUGCGCACACGGAGCGGCUGCUCCUGGGCUUUUCCCUGCUUCUCUUUCCCUUCCUCCUGCACCUUCCCGUCCUCCUGCUCCUUCCCUUCCUCCUCCUCCUUCCCUCGGCUCCGAUGGCGUCGAGUGACACGGAAAGGGCCCAGCAGCAGAUUGAUGAAGUUGAAGCCCUUUCAUCGAUCUAUGGUAAUGAUUGGUGCGUUGUUGAUGAAGACGAAAAAAUCUAUUGCAUUAAGAUUAGUGACUGUCUGGAUCAACCAAAAUGGACCCUCUGUUUGCAGGUGAUUUUGCCACCAGGAUAUCCAACUGCAGAGCCACCUAUUUAUCAACUAAAUGCCCCUUGGCUUCGAGGACAAGAUUAUACGGAACUAGCAAAUAGCUUGGAAGAAAUAUAUUUACAGAACCUUGGUGAAAGUAUACUGUAUUUAUGGGUGGAGAAGAUACGAGAAGUUCUGGUAGAAAAGGCACAGUCUUCAGAUCCAGAACCAGAUAUUAAGAAAACCACUGAAGAAGUUGAUGAAGAUGAUGGAGAUGAUUUUCUCCUAGACUAUCAGCCCACUCAGGAGGAUCAAACUGAAAUGUUGAAUUACAUGGUAUCUGAAAGUCAGGAAGAUGAAGAACUGCCCCCCAUACAUCAUGGAAACCCAAUCACAGAUCGAAGGAGCACUUUCCAGGCACAUUUGGCUCCAGUGGUGACAACCAGACAAGUUAAAAGAGUUCUUGAAAAAUUAUAUGAGAACAAGAAAAUUGCAAGUGCUACCCACAACAUAUAUGCAUACAGAAUAUACUGUGAAGAUAAGCAGACGUUCUUACAGGAUUGUGAAGAUGAUGGAGAGACAGCAGCAGGUGGACGUCUUCUCCAUCUUAUGCAGAUUUUGAACGUCCACAAUGUGUUAGUUGUGGUGUCCCGCUGGUAUGGAGGUAUUCUCUUGGGACCAGAUCGUUUCAAGCAUAUAAACAAUUGUGCAAGAAAUGUGCUUGUAGAGUACGACUAUGUUCCAUCCACGGAAGAAUCAUCUAGACAAGCUGGAAAGAGCAAAAAGAUAAGGAAGGACAACAAAAAGAAAACAGAACACUAAUUUAUUUUUUAAAAACUUUAAAAUACUUUUUUGCACAUAUUUAUACAAAAAACCCUGGACCUUAUUGCUUUAUCUUAUAGAAUGGACAUGUUGUAUUCAGAAGAGAAUUCAGUAAAGCUGUAGAUAUAUUUUCA